AACAAUUGCAAGUGCACUUUUGGUUAACCCUCGCUACAUUCACUUUUGGUCCUACAUAAUGCCGUCAAAGAGAAAGUCCGAGGACCACCACCAUGAGGAAACCGAUACCUUCAGCGAGAUGUUGAAGCCGGUGUACAAGGGCAAGACGAUGACGGAUCAGAUUAACACAGCGGAGGACAAGUGGAACCUUCUUCCGGCGUUCCUCAAGGUCAAGGGUUUGGUCAAGCAGCAUUUGGACUCAUUCAACUACCUCAUGGAUACGGAUCUCCGUAAGAUCAUUGAGGCGAACGAGACCAUCCUCAGUGAUGUAGACCCCGAGUUCUAUCUUAAAUACCUUGACAUCCGCAUUGGACACAAAUCUACUUCGCCUCCGGGUACCCGUGAAGUAAUCUUACCGCCGCACGAAUGCCGCUUGCGUGACCUUACCUAUUCCGCGCCUAUUUACGUCGAUGUGGAGUACACGCGCGGGCGCAAGAUCAUCAUGCACCGGGACCUCGAGAUCGGGCGCAUGCCCAUCAUGUUGCGGUCCAACAAGUGUGUGCUUGAUGGGCGUACCGAGGAGGAGAUGGCGCUUCUCAAUGAGUGCCCGUUAGACCCUGGUGGGUACUUCAUUGUUAACGGUACCGAGAAGGUCAUCUUGGUGCAGGAGCAGUUGUCGAAGAACAGAAUCAUCGUGGAGGCGGAUGAAAAAAAGAACAUUGUCCAGGCAUCCGUCACAUCCUCCACUCACGAACGCAAGUCAAAGACGUAUGUCGUCACCAAGAACGAUAAGAUCUAUCUCAAGCACAACUCCAUCAGCGAGGAGGUGCCGAUUGUGAUUGUUUUGAAGGCUGCAGGUAUCACCAGCGACUUGGAGAUCAUGCAAUUGGUUUGCGGUGACGAUCCCGUCUACCAGGACCUCUUUGUGGUUAAUUUUGAGGAAGCUGCGAAGUUGAACGUGUAUACCCAGAAGGAAGCCCUCGAGUACAUUGGUCUCAAGGUCAAGACCAUGAGACGGCUCAAUGCUCCACGAUUGACAGUCUUGCAGGAGGGUACCGAGGCAGUUGCUACCACCAUCAUCGCGCACUUGACCGUCUCCGACCUUAACUUCCGUGAGAAAGCGCUCUACAUCUCCAUGAUGACCAGAAGAGUGGUCAUGGCUAUGCAUGACCCCACCAUGGUGGAUGAUAGAGAUUACGUCGGAAACAAGCGGUUGGAAUUGGCCGGCCAGUUGAUGUCCUUAUUGUUCGAAGAUUUGUUCAAGAAGUUUAACUCCGAUUUCAAGGCCAACAUCGAUAAAAUCUUGAAAAAGCCAAACAGGGCGAGCGAGUUUGACGCCUUGUUGAGCAUCAACAUUCAUUCUAACAACAUCACCAUGGGCUUGAACCGUGCCAUCUCCACCGGGAACUGGUCCCUCAAGCGUUUCAAGAUGGAGCGUGCCGGUGUCACCCACGUGCUCUCCCGCUUGUCAUACAUCUCCGCACUCGGAAUGAUGACACGUAUCUCGUCACAGUUCGAAAAAUCCCGUAAAGUAUCGGGCCCGAGAGCCUUACAGCCGUCGCAGUUCGGGAUGUUGUGCACUGCCGACACGCCGGAAGGUGAAGCCUGUGGUUUGGUCAAAAACUUGGCUCUAAUGACCCACAUCACCACGGAUGAUGAAGAGGCGCCAGUCAAGAAAUUGUGCUUUAUCUUGGGUGCUGAGGAUAUCAUGAAACUUGACAGCUCGGCGAUCAACGCCAAGGGCACCUUUGGGGUGUAUCUUAACGGUACGUUGAUCGGGGCGACCCGUUUCCCGGCCAAGUUCGUCACCUCCUUUAGAACCUUGAGAAGGACCGGGAGGGUCAGUGCCUUCAUUUCCAUCUACACCAACGAGCACCAGUUUGCAGUGCACAUCGCUACCGAUGGGGGACGAAUCUGUCGUCCGUUAAUUAUCGUCGAGAACGGCGAGUCACGCGUCAAGGCGCAGCACUUGGCGGACUUACUCAAUGGCGAGAUGAACUUUGAUGACUUCCUUGCCGCUGGGUUGGUCGAAUAUAUGGACGUCAACGAGGAGAACGAUUCUUUUAUCGCGUUAUACGAAAAGGAUAUCUCAUCCGUCAUCACCCACAUGGAAAUAGAGCCUUUCACCGUGUUGGGGGCCGUCGCUGGGUUGAUUCCGUACCCACAUCACAACCAGUCGCCGAGAAACACCUACCAAUGUGCGAUGGGUAAGCAGGCCAUCGGGGCCAUCGCCUACAAUCAAUUCAAGAGAAUCGACACGUUGCUCUACUUGAUGGUGUACCCCCAGCAGCCGAUGGUCAAGACUAAGACCAUUGAGUUGAUCGACUAUGACAAGCUUCCAGCCGGACAGAACGCCACGGUUGCGGUCAUGUCAUAUUCUGGAUACGAUAUCGAAGAUGCCUUGGUGCUCAACAAGGCGUCGCUCGACAGAGGGUUCGGGCGAUGCCAGGUUUUGAAGAAGAACACCACCGUGUUGAAGAGAUACCCGAACCACACCAAGGACAUUGUCGCCGGGAUGCGCGUCGAUGAGAACGGCGACCCGGUCUUUCAGCACCAGUCUUUGGGGCCUGACGGAUUGGGUGAGGUCGGGAUGAGAGUCGAGACCGGUCAGGUCUAUGUGAAUAAGCACGUACCUACCAACGCCGGAGAGAGCGUGUUAGGCCAACCGCAGGCCCACCAACCGAUUGAGGAGCACAGGGAGACGCCAGUCACCUACAGAGCACCGGAGCCAAGCUAUAUUGACCAGGUCAUGAUGUCUGUGUCGGACAACGACCAGGCGUUGAUCAAGGUGUUGUUGAGGCAGACCAGAAGACCGGAAUUGGGUGACAAGUUCUCCUCUAGACACGGGCAGAAGGGUGUAUGUGGUAUCAUUGUGCAGCAAGAGGAUUUGCCUUUCAACGACGACGGUAUUUCACCAGAUAUUAUCAUGAACCCACACGGUUUCCCGUCCCGUAUGACGGUCGGGAAGAUGAUUGAGUUGAUAUCCGGGAAGGCCGGGGUGUUGGACGGCUCCUUGCAGUACGGGACCUGUUUCGGUGGGUCCAAGUUGGAGGACAUGUCCAAGAUCUUAGUCGACAAGGGAUUCAGCUAUUCAGGGAAGGAUAUGUUGUACUCCGGGAUUACCGGGGAGUGUUUACAGGCGUACAUUUUCUUCGGGCCAAUCUACUACCAGAAAUUGAAGCACAUGGUUAUGGACAAGAUGCAUGCGAGAGCCAGAGGACCGAGAGCCGUUUUGACCCGCCAACCGACCGAGGGUAGAUCCAGAGAUGGUGGGUUGAGAUUGGGUGAAAUGGAGAGAGACUGUGUGAUCGCUUAUGGUGCGUCCCAGUUGCUAUUGGAGAGAUUGAUGGUGUCAUCAGAUGCGUUUGAGGUGGAUGUGUGUAACAGCUGUGGCUUGAUGGGCUACAACACGUGGUGUACGACGUGUAAGAGCAGCGAACAUGUGAUCAAGAUGACCAUUCCGUACGCCGCGAAGCUAUUGUUCCAGGAAUUGUUAGCGAUGAACAUUGCGCCGAGAUUAAAGCUCGGGGAUGUGUUCUAGUGGGCGAAGCCAAAACAACGCCGAGCUUGUACAGUUUCGGUGAAUGUUACACUCACAUAAGGUAGAGUUUAAUGAGGAGAGCUUGGCUAUUGGAAGGGGCUCUUUUUGUAUAUGUAUAGUAUGAGAUAUUUACCGUUCCGAAAUAACGAACAAACAAAGUGCACGUUUAACUUUCAGAGAAUUAGGCAGUCCCUUCCCAGCACUUCCCUGCCCCAAUUGACUAUCGACAGAACUGAGUCUUAAGGAAAGAACCGUUUGUAGACUUCAGCUGCCAUCAGGGGUUAUUUUUCCAAUAGAAAAAUAACAGUGAAGACGCGUGUCAUAAUUGACGAAAGAACUUCCUUCGGCCG